AAAUAUCGCCUCGAUUUUCAUCGAGAUUCCGCCCUGGCCAUAUUCACCUCGCACUCGCUGAUUUUUCGGAAUAAUUCUUAUGUAACUAACACGUAUGUUGAUUUCAAUAUAAUGGUAUGUUUCUCCUUUCAUUUGUCUGAAAUACGAACAUUUCAUUUAACCAAACGCACCAUGAUGCAGCACACUUAUAGAAGUUGCCCAACUAUAGGAAAUGGCACUUAAAAUAUCAGUGAAGCUCUUUGUGGAGAAAAUAAUCGAAAUGUCGCUAUUUUCUCUUUCAAAAAAUUUCACAAACGUUUGUCUUGUGAAUGAAGGUGUUUAUCGAACAGAAAUAAUUUAGUGUUUAAAAAUUCAUUACGGAAAUAACCUCCUGAUCCUGAAUGCCCCCAUCUGUUUGUUUGUUGUGGUUAUGUUUGUUAUGCAACGUCACAGAGGAGCUACUUGGAGGUCGAGCGAAGCUGCCGUGUGAUUGGCCAAUAUUCAUCGCGGGGUUGUGUUUGGGGGCGUGUGUCGGGGCGUGUCGAUUUGUUAAAAUAAAAAAAAUAAAAAUUUUUCCUGGUGGUGAAAAUCGAGCGUGUUAUAAAAAAAUAUCUGCUAUUAAGUGUGUCGUGGUUUCAAACUGGUUUCUAAAUACAUUGGAUUUUACGCGGAAGUGUAUAGCUGUUUUAAGUCGUGCGAUAGUCGUGCGAUAUGCAUCAAGACGAUCAAGUGUGUAAAUCGACAAAGAAGCAACCCUGGGUUGUCCCAGUGUCAAAGACGGCGGUGAACACGUUUAAUCCUAUUCGAAAUGUUGUUGAUACGAUGAUAAUCAAGCCGAAUCCGGACAUAAAAGUGAUUAAACUAACAGUUGGGGAUCCAAGUAUUUUUGGAAACCUGCCUCCAUGUGAAAAACAUGUUGAAGCCUUUUCGGAUGCAGUCAAGUCAUACAAAGAAAAUGGCUAUAAACUAGCACAUGGAACCCCAGAGGCUUGUGAAGCAGUGGCAAGGUAUUGUUCAACACCAAAAUAUACUGUGAACGCCCAGGAUGUUGUUCUUACAAGCGGUUGUUCUGGUGCUAUUGAAAUAGCAAUCGAUCUUUUGGUGGAUUAUGGUGACAAUAUUCUUAUUCCACGGCCUGGUUUCUCUUUAUACCAAUGUAUUUGUGGUUCUAAGGGCAUUGAAACCAGACCAUAUCAACUUGUACCAGAGAAAGGUUGGGAGGUAGAUUUAGAGGGCAUGUCCUCUCAAAUUGAUGAAAGGACUAAAUUGAUAGUUGUGAUCAACCCAUCAAAUCCUUGUGGAUCAGUUUACACCAAGGAACAUCUGGAAGCUAUUUUAGAUGUUGCUGAAAAGCAUCAAAUCCCCAUAUUGUGCGAUGAAGUGUAUGCCUACGUUACAUUUGGUGAUCGUCCAUUUUACAGCAUGGGAUGCGUAACAAAAAACGUCCCGGUUUUGACAGUCGGUGGCAUUGCUAAGAGAUUUUUAGCUCCUGGAUGGAGACUAGGCUGGGUCGUCAUUCAUGAUAGAAAUAAUGCCUUCGGUGAAGAGGUAAGAGCAAGCCUCCGUCGUCUUUGUCAAAGAGUACUUGGACCAUGUGCGCCACUCCAAGCCGCUCUUCCUAUAAUGUUGUCUGAUAAUCAACCGGAGUUUUUUGAAAAGCCCCUAACACUCAUGAGGUCAGUCUCGGAAAUAUUUUACGACAGUUUCUCCUCCAUUCCUGAACUUUUUCCUGUUCGGGCGUAUGGUGCAAUGUACAUGCUGAUUGGCAUCAACAUCGACAAGUUGACAGGCAUUAAAGAUGAUGUGGAAUUCACACAGCUCUUAAUGUCAGAGCAGUCGGUGUUUUGUCUGCCUGCCAAGUGCUUUCAGUAUCCAAACUUUAUUCGCGUGGUUCUCACUUGUCCCGUGGACAUCGCGCGUGAAGCAUGCGCGAGGAUCGAGCGAUUUUGUCAAGAUCACAGAAAGAACUGGUUGCGAAAUGGUCUUGACGAAAAUUGUGAUCAUAAACGACGAGGAGAUGUGCAAUGUAAUGGCAUCUAAUCCAGCCACGAUUCUGCCGAAGAAAAAAUAUGGGAAAUUUAUGUUUGUCUUAGAUAUAUAGUACAGUCAGUACAGUAUUAAAUAUAUACUGCAUAACACAGUAUUUAAUAUAUACUGCAUAACACACAGUAUUUAAUAUAUAUAAAUUGACCUUUGGUUUUCCCGGGCAUUUUUCGUAGUUAAAAACAAAUUCUUUGGCUAAAAGCAUAUUUCUUCCCUAUUUCAACUAUUCAAGGCAAUUUGUCGUAAUUCACAUGUCGUACUAAAUCGUUGUAAUUCGUUUUUAUGGCGAAUUACUUUGACUUACAGAAAAAAACCGUAUUUGCCCGAUUAAGUUAUUAUAAUAUUUCAUAUAAUGAAUAUCUUUAUUAUUUAAGAGUCUGAUAUUAACUGGAAUAUAUAUAACAUUAUU